CCGGCCGGCGCCCGGCCGGGGCAGGCGCGGCGAUGAUGAACAGGUUCCGAAAGUGGCUGUACAAACCCAAGAGGUCGGACCCGCAGCUGCUGGCUCAGUUCUACUACGCCGACGAGGAGCUCAACCAGGUGGCCGCAGAGCUGGACAGCCUGGACGGCCGGAAGGACCCCCAGCGGUGCACGCUGCUCGUCAGCCAGUUCCGUUCCUGUCAGGACAACGUGUUAAACAUCAUCAACCAGAUCAUGGACGAGUGCAUCCCCCAGGACCGCGCCCCGCGGGACUUCUGCGUUAAGUUCCCCGAGGAGAUCCGGCACGACAACCUGGCCGGCCAGCUGUGGUUUGGCGCCGAGUGCCUGGCCGCCGGCUCCAUCAUCAUGAACCGCGAGCUGGAGAGCAUGGCCAUGCGGCCUCUGGCCAAGGAGCUGACCCGCAGCCUGGAGGAGGUGCGCGGUGCCCUGCGCGACCAGGCGCUGCGGGACCUCAACGCCUACACGGAGAAGAUGCGGGAGGCGCUGCGGCACUUCGACGUGCUGUUUGCGGAGUUCGAGCUGAGCUACGUCUCGGCCAUGGUGCCCGUGAAGUCCCCCAGGGAGUACUACGUGCAGCAGGAGGUCAUCGUGCUGUUCUGCGAGACGGUGGAGAGGGCCCUGGACUUCGGGUACCUGACCCAGGACAUGAUUGAUGACUACGAACCGGCCCUCAUGUUCACUAUCCCCAGGCUGGCCAUUGUGUGUGGCCUUGUGGUCUAUGCGGAUGGACCCUUGAACUUGGACCGAAAGGUGGAAGACAUGUCCGAGCUGUUCCGGCCCUUCCACACGCUGCUGCGGAAAAUCAGGGACCUGCUGCAGACGCUGACGGAGGAGGAGCUGCACACGCUGGAGCGGAGCCUCUGCAUUUCCCAGGAUGCCGAGCUGCCCAUGCGGGCCGACGCCUUCGCCGCCCCCCUGCCCCCCGGGGAGCCCCUCACAGCCAAGGCCAAGAACCCGGAGGCAGAGCUGGCCUGCUCCAUGCAGUACGACGACCAGGAGCUGGAGCAGCUCAGCCGCAUGGUCCACCGGGCCGGGGAUGAGAUGUCAUCCCUGCUGUCCCCACCCAGCGCCUGCCAGUCCCCUGCGCGCAGGCCGGGGGCCGAGGGCAGCCCCCACGCGGAGGCUUCUCCGGCCAGAGCACGGCCGCGGCUGGGCAGCGAUGAGGAGGAGCGAGUGUUCUUCAUGGAUGAUGUGGAGGGCACCGGAGAGGCCCCGCACAGCCCGCUUGGGUGGGCCGGUGGCGCCGCGGCCAGUCCCCCAGAGAGGGCGCCACGUGCCGAAGCAGGGGCCACCGACGAGGAGCUGGACUUGAGCAACAACAACGUCGAGGACGCCAAAGUGCGGGCAGCUGGCCUCUCGGGCUCCAACUCCUGCAGCUGCCUGGACUCGCAGCUGUGCCUGGACGGCUGGGAGGGGAGCGCAGACGACGCCGAGACAGCCGAGAUGAUUGCCCACCGGACGGGCGGCAUGAAGCUCUCGGCCACCGUCAUCUUCAACCCCAAAUCGCCCGCCUCCUUGAACGCCACUGCUGCCGCCCGGGAGACCCCAGGCCGAGGCGCGUCCUCGGCAGCUCCGGUGGCCGAGGGGACAGAGGGCAGUACCCACAAGCCCAGCACCACGGCCGCCAAUGGCCUCCUCAACUCCUGCGUGUGCUGUGGGAGCUGUGGGGACAGCAGGGACGACACAGAGGAGCGCUUGCAGGGGAAGUGCAGCCCAGGGAGUGUCAUCAGUGCCUCCUACGCUGCCGGCCUAGCCAAGGCCAGUGACAAGGACCCCGAGAGACUGGACGAUGCCCAGCCCACCUCCGAGGUCUCACUGCCCACAGACGCUGCCUCCGACAGGCAGGAGCCCAAAGCCUCUACUUCCGAUAAGUGCCUGGUACCCACCCCGGGUGCCCUGGGGGACGCAGCAAGGGGGUCCCAAGGAGUGGAUGAGGCUGCGAGGGAGCCGGAGCCUGAGGCCGCAGAGCCGCCGAGUCAGCCGGGAGAGACGGCCCCUGAGGAGGGUCAGCCCCUAUCGGGCUCCAGCGACUCUGCAGCCGCUUCCCGCCCCUCAGACCAGACUGGGCUGCAGGCAGCCCCCACGGCCACCCCCGCCACCCCCGCAGCCACGAGAGAGAAGAUCCGAUCCAGGUUCCGCGGCAGCCACGACCUCAUCCACCGCCUCUUUGUCUGUAUUUCAGGGGUGGCUGACCAGCUGCAGACAAACUACGCAAGUGACCUGAGAAGCAUCCUCAAGACGCUGUUUGAGGUCAUGGCCACCAAGCCUGAAGCCGAUGACAAGGAGAAGUUAAAGAAGGUCACCCAGACACUGCGGAGUGCCGCCUUGGAGGACUGCGCCCUGUGCCAAGAGACCCUGUCGUCCUCCGAGCUCGCAGCCAAGACCUGUGAUGGGGACUUUGAAGAUCCCCCCGAGUGGGUGCCCGACGAGGCCUGCGGCUUCUGCACCGCGUGCAAAGCGCCCUUCACCGUCAUCCGCCGGAAACACCACUGCCGAAGCUGCGGGAAGAUCUUCUGCUCCCGCUGCUCAUCGCACUCAGCGCCGCUGCCCCGCUACGGGCAGGUGAAGCCUGUGCGCGUGUGCACACACUGCUAUAUGUUCCACGUCACGCCCUUCUACAGCGACAAGGCGGGCGUCUGACCGCGCCGGCCCGGAGCGCCUGCCUUGCUGCCUCUCAUCAGGCUGCCGCUGCCGCAGGACCCCCGACUUCCAGAAAGCCCGCCCCUCUGUCCCUGGCCUCCCCACCCUCAGGGACCCCAGGCCAGCCGCGGGGGGCCAACAGGAGGUCAGCUUUGCUUGACGGGGGCCCCGGGCUGCCGGCGGGGCAGG